AUGUUCGGCAAAUACGCGACUCUUACGGAUCCUGUGCACAACAACACAUAUGAAGCCAUUUCUCCCUUGCGACCUGAACUCUCUCAACUUGGUAGGACCAUUCUCAUCUCAGGUGGCACUACUGGCAUCGGGUACGGCAUCGCUCGUGGAUUCGUAAGGGCUUCAGCCGCAAGAGUAAUUAUCACAGGGCGCCGACCAGAAGUGGUAUCACAAGCCGUUGAGGAUCUGCAAAAAGAAGCUAAUGCGACAAAAAUCGAUGGCUACCCCUGCGAUAUCUCUAGCAACGCGGCUGUCGAAGCUCUCUGGGACAAGCUCAAAACAGACGGUAUAGUAGUGGAUGUUCUUGUGCUUAAUGCAGUUGCAUUCGGGCCCAACAAGUCUCUACGCAACAUUAGCACUGCCGCAACAUGGGAGGUGUACGAUGCCAAUGUGCGGGCACAGCUGCAGAUGUCGGAGAGAUUCUAUAAGCAGGGGAAUAAAGACAGUUCCGAAACGAAAUACCUCGUCUAUGUGUCGUCAGUUGCGGUGCACGACUUCAACAUCGGGAACGACUAUCCAACUUACGCAUUGACGAAACUCUCGGCUCAACUAGGACUGCAACUAAUCGCGCAAGACAGUUCACCUGAAGAGUUACAGAUUAUCAGUUUCCAUCCAGGUAGCAUCUUCACCGAGAACGCUCGAUCCAAAGGGUUCGCUGAGGAUUCGGUGCCCUGGGACCAUGUCGACCUACCGGGCCAUUUUGCCGUGUGGGCCGCGUCUUCCGAGGCCCAGUUUCUCCACGGACGGUUCGUGUGGGCGUCGUGGGAUGUAGAGAAACUACAAAGUGGCGAUGUCAGAAGACGCAUUGAUGAGGAUCCGACAUAUCUCAAAAUAGGGAUUCACGGAUUGUGA